ACAUGUCGGAGGCCACAGACCUCAUCAAGACUCUCCUGCAGGACCAGGUCCCCCAACCUCCAAUGGCCUCUGGGGCUCCCAGCAUGAAGGAGACUGCAGGGGGAGAAAACCUUAGUCUUGUGAGAGACUUGGACCUCAUGGAGUGCCUGGAGGGCAGAAACCAGGUGGCCCUGAGGCUGGCCUACAUCGGUGAUGAGAUGGACCUGUGUUUGCGGAGUCCCCGUCUGGCCCAGCUGCCUGAGAUUGCCAUGUACAGACUCGCUACCACCUACAGCCAGACAGGCGUCAGGGGCAUUUUCAGACGCUUGAUUCGCGGCUUCGCCAACCUGAGGGAAAACAUCUGGUCCUGGAGAGUCCUAAUUCCUGGCGGCUGGGUGUCUCCCAACCAGUCCCGCAGACAGCUGUUUCCCAUGGUGCUAUUGGUCCUCUUGCUGCUGGGUGAGGCCUGGCAUUUGCAGCUUCAGUGA